AUGGCACUCUUCACUAGAGUCAACAGCUAUUUCAACACUACUAGCUCUGUCACGCAUGGGCAAGAGAAUUCAACAGAGCCUGGACUGACACACUCCCAUGCCUAUUACACCCUCUGCUACUGCACCCUGAUUUUGGCCAUCGUCUUUGGGAACGUGCUGGUCUGCCUAGCAGUGCUAAGAGAACGCACCUUGCAAACCACAACGAAUUACCUGGUGGUGAGUCUGGCCGUGGCAGACUUGCUGGUGGCCACACUGGUGAUGCCAUGGGUGGUAUACUUGGAGGUGACUGGAGGAGUCUGGAAUUUCAGCCGUGUCUACUGCGACAUCUUUGUCACUAUGGACGUGAUGAUGUGCACAGCCAGCAUUUUAAACCUCUGUGCUAUCAGCAUUGACAGGUACACAGCAGUGGUGAUGCCAGUUCAGUAUCAGUAUGGCACAGGGAAGAACUCCUGCAGGAGGGUUUCCAUUAUGAUCGUGAUGGUCUGGAUGUUGGCGUUUGCUGUAUCCUGCCCCCUCCUGUUUGGCUUCAAUACCACAGGGGACCCUAGUGUCUGUUCCAUAUCCAACCCUGAUUUUGUCAUCUAUUCCUCAGUGGUAUCCUUCUACCUUCCCUUCGUGGUCACCUUGCUGCUUUAUGUCCGGAUUUAUUUUGUGCUGAGGCAGAGACAGAGGAAACGAACCCUCUCCAGGCAGGCCAGCCAUAGCAUCAGCAUCAAAGCCUGUUACACACAGAAAGAGCACAAAGAGAGGAAAACCUUGCACCAUGGGCACCAAGACCCCCUCUCAUCCCAUCUGCAGCUAAAAUCCCCAAUCCAAGAGCUCUCCCCUGAAAAGAAGCUGCUGACCCCCUGUGACCUGCAGCAGUACUGCAGCUUCUGCCACCAAGCUUCCUUUCCCAGGGCCAGAACCAAUGGAAAUGAGCUAAAAGAGAAGAGGAGAAGCAGGGAACAGGGCUUGGAGGUGCGUACACUCAGCAAUGGCAAAAUCUUGACCUCUUUGAAGCUAGUGCACCAGCAGCCCCGGACAGUACAGCUGAGAGAGAGGAAAGCCACACAGAUGCUGGCUAUCGUUCUGGGGACAUUCGUAGUCUGCUGGCUGCCAUUCUUCAUGACCCAUAUCCUGAACACCCACUGCCAGGCUUGUCACAUAACCCCGGAGCUCUACAGUGCCACCACAUGGCUUGGUUAUGUAAACAGUGCUCUCAACCCCAUCAUCUACACAACCUUUAACACUGAGUUCCGCAAAGCUUUCCUCAAGAUCUUGUGCUGCUGA